AUGGCGGCCACGCGCGUACCCAUGAGGCUGCUCUCUCCCAGGAUUCAAUACCUUCAAAAGCCGGCAAGAUGCACGCAAAUCCGCCACGCGUCCUCCAGAUACAGCAACCCGGCCAAGAGGGCCUUCACUGCGGCGCCUGCGUCUCCUCCCUCAUUUGUAGAGCAAACCGCGAACCCGGCCCUCGAGUCUGCUGCAGAGCAUGGCGCUGAGGACCCUCUGGACGCUCGGGCAAGUCAUCUCGCUUGGAAGGAGAAGAGGCAAUAUCACCUGCAUCGCAUGCGAUUCGCAGGCAUGGGUCUCCUUCUGAGCAUGUUCGGGCUCGCUGCGCUUCUCUACAACCUGGACUUGGACAGCAUGGAGCAAGCAGAGGCAAAGAGGCGUCAAGGCCAGCAGAUGGACGCUUCCGAAGAUUCAAACAGGUUGUUCCAGGGCAAGGAAGUGGAGAUCAUUGGGGCUGGCGAGGACAAGAGGAUUGUCGCGAGAGGACCCGGUGGGGAAGUUGAGCUCGUCGAGACAGGCACAAGCAGUGUUCCCCAUUUCCCCCGGACAAUAUACCUGCCGACUUCUCCAGACUCUGUGCCGACAGCAGAUCCCGCCCAACCCAACUCUUCGAUCAACCCAGGCAAUGUGGAUAAUCUAGAAGAAUACACCCUUGUCGGCCUCGGCAUUCGAUCAGUCUCUUUCCUUAGCAUUCAAGUCUAUGUCGUAGGUCUAUACGUCCGCACGCAAGACAUCAGCUCGCUGCAGGAGAAGUUGAUCCAUGUCAUCAACCAGAGCGCGUCGACUUUGAUCCCAUCCGAGAAGGACCAGCUCAGCAAGCGUCUGCUAGAUCCGGAUGCGAGUCGUGAGAUCUGGACGGAGCUACUGCAGGUACCAGGUCUGAAGACUGCGUGGAGAGUAGCGCCUACUAGGAACACAGACUUCGGACAUCUUCGAGACGGCUGGAUCACUGGCAUCAACAAUCGCACCCGAGAAGCAAAGCAGAUACUGCAAACUGCAGAAACUGAAUUCGAUGCCGAAGACUUUGGCAAGGCUGUCGGUGAUUUUAAAAGCAUCUUCACGGGCGGGAAGGCACCGAAGGGUUCGGUGAUGAUUCUAACACGAGGCCGCACGGGCGAGCUUGAUAUUUGGUUUCAGCCUCAGCCCGGAGCCAGUGGUUCGGACAAACAGAUGCAAAAGCUGGGCUCUGUGCAAGAUGAGCGAAUCAGUAGGCUCAUCUGGCUCGGCUAUCUUGCUGGCGGGAAAGUGAGCUCUGAGGCAGCGAGGCAAGGCGUCGCGCAAGGAUGCGUAAAUUUUGCCGGAAGACCCAUCGGAAGUGCAGAGAGCCGUGUGGUAUGA